AUGGCUGCCUGUGCCUUCGCUGGUCUCUGGAACUGUGUCACAAUCAACCCCCUGAACAUCGCGGCCGGCGUGUGGAUGAUGCUCAACGCCUUCGUCCUGUUCCUGUGCGAAGCACCCUUCUGCUGCCAGUUUAUCGAGUUUGCGAAUGCCGUCUCUGCGAGGGCGGACAAGUUGCGGCCCUGGCAGAAAGCUGCUUUCUACUGCGGGAUGGCCGUGUUCCCGGUCAUGCUCAGCCUGACGCUGACCACGCUCUUUGGAAAUGCCAUUGCGUUUGCCACCGGGGUGCUUUACGGCCUGUCGGCACUCGGCAAAAAGGGAGAUGCCAUUUCCUAUGCCCGGAUCCACCAGCAGCAGAAGCAAAUGGAUGAAGAGAAGCUCACGGGGGCCCUGGAGGGACAGGCUCUCUGA